UAGUUUCACUUGAAUUCAGAGCCACACUCGGUAACGGCUCGUGAAGCAGACUUGAAGCCCCAAACAGCAGCGCUGGACUCUGUGCGCUAACACACCCGGGAGCCCGCCAUGCUGUUACUAGUCAAGGUCAUCCUCACCCUGUGGGUCUCCUGGGCUCGAGGACAAGAAAUGACAUGUGACCCUCCAAGAAUUGCAAACAGUCACUUUGUUGCUGACAGAAGCAUAUACAGACUGGGAGACACAAUCAGAUACUCCUGCAAAGGUGGCUUCUUCCCUUCCAUCCGGAGAAAUACUGCAAAAUGUACUGACAUAGGCUGGGAUCCUCCUCCAAGAUGUAGCUUUAAGCCCUGUGACUUUCCAGAAAUAAAACAUGGACUCCUUCUUAGGGAAGACAUGUAUAAACUAUCCUUCCCAGCCUCGGUAGGACAAAGGGUUCACUAUUCCUGUGAUGACAACUAUGUGACUCUUUCACGAAGCAAGUGGGAUCGCUUGACUUGCACACGAGGUGGCUGGUUCCCGGAAGUGCCCUGCCGCAGAAAAUGCAUUUUCAAUGAUUUGGAAAAUGGACAUCGUCCACGAUAUGAGCAAAGCUAUUUGCAGGGCACAUCUGUACGUGUUAAUUGUUAUCCUGGCUACACGCUUCAAAACAAGCAGACCACAAUGACCUGUACGGAGAAUGGCUGGCUUCCUCCUCCCAGAUGCAUCCAUGUCGAAAGAGAAUGCAUCGUUCCCGAUAUAGAGCAGAACUUAAUUGUUCAGCCCCGGAAAGAGAAAUAUGUCAUUGGAGACGUGUUGAAAUUCUCCUGCAGAAAUAGACUCCUCACUCUCAUCGGACCAGACUCUCUUCAGUGCUACCACUUUGGAUGGUCCCGUAGCCCUCCAACAUGUAAAGAGAAAGUACAGUCCUGUGAUCAACCUCCUCGACUCCCCAACGGGACAGUGGCCGACACACCGAAAGGGGAAUAUGAACACGGUGAGGUGGUGGAGUAUGUGUGCAACCCCAGGUUCCUGCUGAAGGGUGCGAGGAAAAUUCAGUGCGUUGAUGGAGAGUGGACACCCUUGCCCGUGUGUAUUGAGGAGGACAGUACAUGUGGAGACGUACCUGAGCUGGAGCACGGCGAGGUCGUGUCCCCAGCACGGCCCCCCUAUCACCAUGGAGAGUCAGUAGCGUUCACUUGUGGAGAAGGCUUUACAAUGAUUGGUCACAGCUCAGUUACAUGUAUUAGGGGAACGUGGACCCAACCACCUCAGUGCAUUGCGACAGUUGAACUGAAGACGUGUAAAUUACCAAAGACAAUUGCCUAUGAGACAAAGUUGUCAGGUAGGGUUGAAUAUGAGCAUAAUAAGGAAAUCAGUUACACUUGUGGGAGGAAGGCAAAGCAGAAACGCUCAGUCUGCGUGAACGGAAGAUGGGAGCCCGAGGUGACCUGCACAGAAGCACCACGAUGUCCACCUCCACCUCAGAUUCCCAAUUCGCAACAUAUGGCCCUUUCAGUGAAUUUUCAAGAAGGAGAAAAAAUAUCUAUUCUCUGUCAAGAAAACUUUCUAAUGCACGAAGGAGAGGAAAUCGUGUGCCAGGAUGGACGAUGGCAGUCAAUACCGCGCUGUGUCGAAAACACGCUGUGUUCUCAACCACCUCAUGUAGAACAUGGAAGCAUUAAUUCAUCCAGAUCUUCAGAAGACGAAAGAGAAUCAUUGGGACCCAAGCUAUAUGCACACGGCACCACAUUAAGUUAUAUUUGUAAGGAUGGUUUCAAAUUAUCCAAAGAAGAUGGGAUAACAUGCCACCGGGGAAAAUGGAGUGCUCCACCACAGUGUGUAGAAAAAAUUUGUCCUAGCCCACCCAGCUAUGGCAAUGCCAUCCUCACAGGCCGGAAGAAGAACUCAUAUAAGUCAGGAGAACAAGUGGCUUAUGGAUGUCCAGACUAUUACCAAAUGUAUGGACCCAAUGUUGUAGAGUGUAGGGACGGCAUUUGGGUAGGAACACCCACAUGCAAAGAUGUCUCCUGUGGCAGCCCUCCCACAGUGCAAAAUGCCUUCAUACCAAACCAGAAGUCCAGGUAUCGACAUGGGGACACAGCACGUUAUGAAUGCAGGCAGCCUUUGGGCCUCUUCGGGAAAGCAGUGGUGACAUGCUUAAGUGGGAAUUGGACAGACCCACCAGAGUGCAAGGAGCCCACAGGACAAUGUGGGCGCCCUCCUGCUAUUGACAAUGGAGACGUUACCACAUAUAUAUCACCAUUCUACGCUUCGGGGUCUUCAGUGGAGUAUCAAUGCCAGGCCUUCUAUGAACUUGAGGGAAACAGGAGAAUAACGUGCCGUGAUGGACAGUGGUCUGAGCCACCCAAAUGCUUAAAUGCAUGUGUAAUAUCAGAAGAAGAAAUGGAAAAACAUAACAUAGAGUUGAGAUAUUCAUAUGCGAAAAAAAUUUAUUCCAGAACAAAUGAUUUUGUUGAAUUUAGGUGUCGUGGUUACUAUCGUAAAGUGUCACCAGACUCUGCAUUCCGAGUACAAUGUCGAGAAGGAAAAAUGGAGUAUCCCACUUGUGCAUAACAUGAGAGCUGUGUGGCCGUUUUCUCAUUAAAAUAUGCGCCUUCAUUCACAAUUUUUAAUAUUAAUCUAAUUCUUCUCAAUUUAUUUUUCUAGUAGGCUGUAACUCACUUUUAUUCAUUAAUCACAAUUCCUGUUAAAUGCCAUGUGGGAGAUGCCAUUGUAAUCUGAGACCAAUGGACCACUUCUCAUAAGCAUCUCAUUAAAAUGUGACAAACCAA